AUGUCUUCAAUUGAAGACGACGAGUCUUGCCGCUCUUUUCGCUUUCUUCUUCCUAAUGUCGGCGAGAAAGAAGAGGUAGAGCGUAUGAACAAGGGGGGUUUCACCCUGUCCACCUCGGCGACUUGUUUGACGAGGGUUGGUAUCGGGUUGUUUACAAACUUGGUGCUGGAGGCUUCGCAACGAUAUGGCUGGCCCGUGACCUUCUCGACACGUGCCGGGUCUCUCAAGAUAGUCCUUGCGGAAGAGUCGCAGGCUGUUGAAUCCAGCUUGACUUUUGUCUCCGCAGACUUGACUCCUGCCAACAUCAUGUUCCGGAUCAAGGAUUUAGAUCAGGUCCCUGAGGAUGAAAUCUACGACCUGCUUGGCCGGCCUGAGACUGGGUCUUUGGAGGCUGAGUCUGGAGAAGCCGCGGGCCCAGAAGCGCCCAAGUACAUUGUCAAAACCCUUGAUUUCCUCUUGGCAAGGCGACCCAUCAUCAGUGAAGACAUUUGCCUCAUAGAUUUCGACAAUGCGUUCCUCGGCUCUUCACCCCCAGAAAAUCUGCUCCCCACACCAGUUGAGUAUCUCGCCCCAGAAGUCGCUGUCAGUUUAUCUGGAGGCACAGCAAGCGAUGUCUGGGCGCUUGGAUGCUCCAUAUUACGACUUAGCUUAGGGGAGGGUUUGUUCUCCGCCUAUGAUAUUGGCUCUCCAAUAGACCUCCUGGUCGCCAUCCGCCGAGUCCUCGGGAAUAUGCCAACAGCUUGGGGAGAUCCAGUCUUUGACUCUGAAGGACAACCGAGGAAGAAAUUGCUUAAAGGAGCUCGACUUUCAGGGCUCACAGGUGAAGUCACAGAACGGCAGUCGAUUGAAGAAUGGAUCAGGAAGAUCUUUGAUCAGCCGAGUACUGGGCCGUAUCGACCGAAAGAUCAAGUCUCCAACACGGAAGAGCAUCCAUAUUACAAUCUACACGAAGCCUCUCACGCUCCCUUUUACGCGUGGAAGUUCUGGGAGCCUUCCGCCAUCAACUUCAGAGGCAAGUAUUUUCGGGGCUACAACAAUGAAUGGCACGCACUGGUGGAAGAGUUACCCAAAAUUCCAGACGAAGAAGCAGUGUUGCUGUUUGACUUGAUAUCCAAGAUCCUGGUUUACGAGCCUACCGAGAGGUUAAGCGCAAAAGAGAUUCUGAAUCACCCUUGGUUUUGUAUGGACGACAGAAGUUACCAUGUGGUAGACAACAGCGUUAGACGGGGGGAGUAUAGCGCCUCAGGCAGUUAUUUUGCGCACAUAUCUACAUAG